CCCUCGCCCCGCCGCGGCGUCUGACGUCCCGCGCGUCGCCUUGCGCGGAGCAGCGCGGGGACCCAGGCCGGCCGCAGGCUGGGUGUGAAGAGAAAAAAUGACACUCCAGUGGGUGGCAGUUGCAACCUUUCUUUAUGCUGAAAUAGGACUUAUUUUAAUCUUCUGUCUGCCUUUUAUUCCUCCUCAGAGGUGGCAGAAGAUUUUUUCAUUUACUGUCUGGGGUAAAAUUGCAACUUUCUGGAACAAAGCUUUCCUUACUAUAAUAGUCCUAUUGAUUGUUCUAUUUUUAGAUGCUGUGAGAGAAGUAAGGAAAUAUUCCUCUACACCUGCCAUUGAAAAAGGCUUAACUAGCAGACCUGGAGCCUAUGAACAUGUGCAGAUGAAACUUUUUAGGUCUCAAAGAAAUCUUUACAUUUCUGGAUUUUCAUUAUUUUUUUGGCUAGUGUUGAGACGUCUGGUUAUCCUUAUUACUCACCUGGCUAAAGAACUGUCGAACAAAGGAGUACUUAAAACUCAAGCAGAAAAUACUAAUGAGGCUGCCAAAAAAUUCAUGGAAGAGAAUGAAAGACUAAAACGGCUCUUGAAAAGCUAUGCCAAGGAAGAGGAACACAUUUUGGAAGCAGAAAAUAAAAAACUAGUAGAAGACCAGGAAAAACUGAAAACUGAAUUAAAGAAGACUUCAGAUGCCCUCUCUAAGGCACAGAAUGAUGUGAUGACAAUGAGAAUGCAAUCAGAGCGACUUUCAAAAGAAUACGACCGACUCCUGAAAGAACAUGCAGAACUUCAGAAUUGUUUGGGGAAAGACAGUAAGAAGGGCCUGUGAACUUUGAAAGAAGAUUGUGCGACGCCAUGUGAAGAUCAAUUUGUUAUCAUGUUAGCCUCUAGAACAUUUAAAAUUCAGUUCAGAAAAAGGUACUAUUUGCAGCUAGCCAAUAAUAUUUUUAAUGCCACAUGUAGGUUGUUAUCGUAACAGCAUGGUAACAAUAUUUGAUGAUGUUUCAGAUCUAUUAUAAAGUCUGUAUUCCAGCCCUCAUGUAAAAUGUAAGCAUGAUAAGCACGCUAUUGCGAUGUCUCAGUUGAGAGUAACACUGGUGUAUAGUUGCUGUUUACCAAUAAAAGGACAAAUUUAUAACCAGUUACUUCCAAAACUAGAUUUUUAAGUUGAUGAAACCAUUAAUAGCCUUAAAUGCUUUGAUGAGUUUUCAGUAAUAAUAAUAACCUAUUUAAUGAGAUGAUGAUAAUGCUGAUAUAUUUGAAAAUAGUAUUCAGUAUCAGCAAAUUUGUUCAUAGGGAGAUUAAGUAAGGAUAAAUGAUCAGAAUUAGCCACUGUAUGUACAGGGAAGGGUCAUAAUGAGCAAAAAAUAAAAACGAUGACCUUAGUUGUUUUUUAUAAGCCUGAUGAUACUAUAGUCUACUCUUAUAAGACAGCUAUAUUGAUAAUUAUAUUUUUGUUACUGUGCUUCUAUAUCUGUUGGACUUUUUGUUGACAUUUGUGUUAAUAAUACAUAAUUAGUAGGUGUUACACCUUUUUGAGGUUCCUCUGGUAUUGAAGUUUACAUCUAUUUGCAUAACUGCCAUACACUGAACUUAAAAUUAUUUUACAGCAAUGUGGAAUUCUUGACUUAGAAAGCUAAUGUACAACAUAUGCAAAGAGCAAUGUUUCCCAUCGCCGUGAGAGUUACUAAUUAUACAAAUAUUACCUCAAAUAUACAUACAAUGGGGUCACAGUUUCUCUGAGGUGUAUCUGUAUUCUGAAAACAAUCUUAAAUGCUAUUUUUUCAUUCAUAUUCCUUUAGAAUCUCCUCUAGAACAUGAUAGUGAUUGUAAUAGUAUUAAUAUGAUUUAGGUUGUUCAGUGUUUAGACAUGAAAGUCAUCUUCCUUGUCUCAUAAAGACCUAAAUAUAAACAAAAAUGGAAAAUAAUGACCAGAGUUUUUACUUUCCCAGUAUCUGUUUC